UGUUGUGUCUGGUCGUAGUGCCCAUUAUCAGAGGGAAGUAUUUAUUGGCGCGGCGGCGAACGGACGGCGUUUGGCAACAAAUACCGAACCGUCGUCAGUCGUCAGUUUGUGAGGAACCGUGAAAGCGAUCGGAACGGUUUGUUUUUCCCUUCUCGUCAGCUGGCGCGAUUUGUGAAGAGUGAUGAGCAAGAGUAUCGUUAUAAUGAGUGAGGAAGAAAUUAUGUGCAAACUGCGAAGGACAUUGUGGAUUAGUUGAAGGCAGGAAUUUUACCUUCAGGUGAUUUAUUUUUUUCGGUUUGUUCUAUUCGAAAUCGAAUGCAAAUGGGGGAUUGGUUUUUCAUGUGUGGUUUGCAUGUGUGUUGGGAAUGUAGUGAAGCUUGCCCUCACGAAGCGGAAGCGCACGGAAAGGAAUCAGUGCAGUGUAUCUAGCAUUGUGGAAGGUUUAUUGGAUUUUCUGAAGAAGUUUAGUCGGGAAGAGAACAACAGCUGCGACGUAGUUCGACUCGCUAACGGGAUUUUCUGCGAUUUUCACUAUUGAGAAAGCGUGAACAAAUCGGAUACAUGAACUUAGCAGUUGAUUAGUGUAAUGUGAUUUGGUUUGAUCUUUGCAGAAGGAAGAGCAAACUAGUGCUUAUUGAACAAGUAUUAUUAACAUUUUACCCGCAGCAUGGAAAACUCCCCGAUCAAAAGCAACCGGAAGGUUCGCUUUUCCCUGCCAGACAACAACAUUCCGGCAGUUCCGGCGAAUGCAGCCCAACAGAAGCAACGGCUAUCCCACGGAACGCUGCAGUACGUCAACGGAACUCUAGUCAGCCAACCUGCCGCACCCGGGACGAGCCCCCAGGCAGGUCAUGAUCUCAAUCGCCUGCAAAGUCAACAGGUACAACUCCGACAAGCCAAACCCAAAGAGUCCAGUACAAAGAUCGUUCUUCAUCUCCGGCCAUCGACCGGAGUGGAUAAAUAUGAGAAUAUGGAAAUCGCACCGGUGAAACCAACCGGCGCUACAUUGGAAAAGGUUCCACGGAAAGGAUCCAAGAGCAGUAUUCCACGAUUGGAGGCCAGAGCUUUCAAAACGCUUCCUCAGAUUAAUCAAAAGUUUCCCAGUUCAGAAGAUGUGAACAACAACACCACGACCACUGCUGUUCGCGAUGCAUGCCACAGACACAAAUCCAGCGAAGAUCUAGGCUUCAAUAAAGCAACCGACGCAAACAAUAACAUUCAACAAAUUAAAAAGCAAACCGUCAUGUUGCGGUCAAUCUCCAGCGUCAGUGCCACCGGGGGAACCAAAUCCCUCACCGCUAGACCGAGAUCCAAAUCCCUUGGAAAACCCAGCUCCAUCCGAAGUGGGAAAACUCUAAUCUCGUCUCACCUGCAGCACCAAGACAUUACCAUCAAAGUGCAGGAAAGUUCCCCAGCUCGUCGAACCCUCCUAGCGGACGGUGCCGACUCGGAGGGUAGAACCGCCCGAAUGGCGGUGAAUGGUUCAAUCGAAUCCACCCCCACAGCAAAUGCCAACGGGAGGCCAAAGUCCCAGUAUGCCAAAUGUAACUUCCUAACGGUGCCAGAGUUCAGCGAUCGGUACGAAGGCAUGGAAACGGUUGUUUCCACUUCCGCUGCCGCUAGUGACGAUGAGGAAGAAGAGGACGAAGGAGGAGCGGAAACGGAAGGACCUCACCUGCCGGUCGGUAGCGGCAGUGGAGGUGGUGUGGAUGCCGUCGAAACGGUGAAAAACGCAAACGGACGUGGGACGAAGCGCAACGGCAACGGAGGAGAAAACGAACCGAAAGCUCCCCAGCCGUUGCUCAUGGACGAUGCGGGCUUCAAGUGCAUCCAGGACACCAACCUGGGGCGGGAUAAAAAUUCGCUCCAAUUCUGGGACUUUGUCGAGCGAUGGCGUGCGAACCGGGCGCUGAAAAAGCUCGACAGCUCCAACAACUUCCCCAAAAGUGGCAACGGCAGCACCAACAACAACAACAAUGCCGCCGCCAACGGACUGAAUGGCUACUCCGCCGAUCCGUCGUCGUCAGUGUCGAUUGGCGGUUCGGGCAGAUCGGACGUGAAAAGCCCAACGCUCAGCUCCCGGAUACGAGCGCUCAGGAUGAGCAUGGAACAGGUACCCACGGUCACAACGCUACUGAGGGCGUCCCGAGAUGCCAACGAGUACCUACUGAAGGAGGUGUUCCGGGACAUUCUGGAGAAUGGCAUCUCGCGGGAGAAUCUCAACUCGACAGAUCGCAGUGGAAGGACGGCCAUUUCCUACAUCUGUUCGACGAACCUGACAAACUUUUUGGAACUGUUCCUCCAGCUGCCGGGCAUCGACGUGAACAAACCGGACAACGAAGGCAACACACCGCUACACUUUGCUGCCCAGGCCGGACUAUCUGACGUCGUCAACAUGCUGAUCACCAAGUGCCGAAGUUUGGUAAUUGACCCGAAGAACAACCUCGGUUUCACCCCACUGAUGAAGGCUGCCCUCCAGGGAAGAACUCGUUGUGCCAAGCUGCUGCUGUUCGCUGGGGCAUCCCCGGUCGAGACGGACACCGGUAGAGGAUUCCGGGCCGAGCAGUGGGCCCGAUUCUGUGGAAGACACACGUGUGCCGAAACGAUAGAGCAAUGCGCCCGAGCACGGCUACUGGAUAAAUCAGCGCCCUGUGGCAAGUGGUCCCACGAUAUCAAUCUUCCUGGUGAAAAGAAUGCACUGAGAGCGACCCGAAGCAGCAGCAUGGCAGCACAGACAACCAAUCCGAAUGGUCUCCGUUCCAAGUUCCGCAAAGUAUUUCCCUUCAACUUUUCCUCAAAAGACAAACAGGUCACGAAGGAAAUAGACGAAAACUACACCAAGGAUUUGGUAAACUAUCUCAAAUCGGCCACAAUCUGUGUCAGCGGCCCCGCACUGUCUGCCAACAGAAAAAUCAUCCAGAGCCUUAUCCGACCACUAGAAGUGCCAAAACUAGAAGUGACCUACGCCCACAAUAAUGCGCUAAUCAAAAAAUACGAAGCGGCGGACUAUGCCGGGACCAACAGUGACGACCGGCAGGAUACGGCAUCGGACGGAUCGGUCGACAGCCGGCAAUCCUCACCGGUCCCGGUAGCGCGGAGCAAAGUGAAGAAUUAGCCUCAACACCAACCGUGCAAAAGCAUCAUACAUACGAUUAUGGAUCCUGAGCGUGGAUCCGAGUCUUGUUUAAAUAAAUGUAGUUACAUGGAGUAAAUGUUAGGUUCUAUGUUCAUACCCGGUUAGUAUACCUAAAUACCUGUACCAAGAAGUGCAUUGAUAUUAAGAAUAAUCGCGUGCUAUCCCGUCUUUAAUCUCAUCGAAGAUCUAAACAUAUAAACUAUUGUAUGAAAUCUUCCCAUCUCCGAAUAUUGUAGUGAUAAGCGAAAACUACGAGGGAUACUGUAUAUUUUACUCUAAUUAAAAACUACUUUGUACUACUUGAUAGACUGUGAAAGGAGAACAUGAUUUUCAUAUCGAAGACUAUUUACUAAAAAAAAAAAUUCGGAAAGCAUAAUUUCUACAUCAACUAUUAUAGUUAUCAUUACUUUGCCGUGUAGGUUAUUGACAAAUCUCGUUAGAAAAAAAAAUGCUCGAAUAAGCGAAAACAAGGACUUUCUCUACCCCCAUUCUACUAUGUAUGUAAUUCUGUUCACUUUAAGGCACUGUAAAAUAAAUAGUUUAACUACA